AUCCGAGUCCCCUAGCGGAGGAAAAUGGGCCUACAGCGAGAAAUUGAAAAUAAGGAUGAGCGCCAUGUCUGAUCCUCCGCCUGUGGAAUAGAGCGGACGGCAGGGCGAUCGUGUUCCCCGGGCCUGCGGUCCCUUCGGGCUUUCGGUGAGCAGUCAUGGCCGACAGCGUGGGGAUUCAACAAGGUUCGCCGGCCGUCGGAGCCGCGGGCCUGGUUCCGGCCGCUCCCGGAGCCGCGGGGACGGAAGGAUCCGGCGCCGCUGGAGGAUCUGCACGCAUCGCCGCGAAGAAGGCGCAACUCCGCUCCUCGCCACGGCCGAAGAAACUGGAAAAACUCGGGGUGUAUUCAUCCUGCAAAGCCGAAGGAGCCUGCAAAUGCAAUGGCUGGAAAAGUCAAAACCCGCCUCCGACGCCUCCUCAAACUGACCAGCAAUCCAACACAGUGAACUUGCAGGAACCUUGUCGGAGCUGUUCUCACACAUUAGGUGAUCACGUGACCCAUCUUGAAAAUGUCUCAGAGGAGGAAAUGAACAGACUACUAGGUAUUGUUUUGGAUGUGGAGUAUCUCUACACCUGUGUGCACAAGGAGGAGGAUGCUGACACCAAACAAGUCUACUUCUCCCUCUUCAAACUGUUGAGAAAAUCCAUCCUGCAGAUGGGUAAGCCGAUGUUGGAGGCACAAGAGAGUCCGCCGUUUGAAAGGCCCAGCAUUGAGCAGGGAGUGAAUAACUUCGUCCAGUACAAAUUCAGCCACCUGCCGUCAAAGGAACGACAAACCAUCAUGGAGCUGGCCAAGAUGUUCCUGAAUCAGAUCAACUACUGGCAGCUGGAAACGCCCUCCCAGAGACGCCAAAGGGUGCCCAGUGACGACGUGGUGGGAUACAAAGUCAACUACACCAGGUGGCUCUGCUACUGCAACGUGCCGCAGUUCUGCGACAGCUUACCGCGCUACGAGACCACGCAGAUCUUCGGCCGGACGCUGCUGCGCUCCGUGUUCACUGUGAUGAGGAAGCAGCUGCUGGAGCAGGCCAGACAGGAGAAGGACAAGCUGCCUCCCGAGAAACGCACUCUCAUUCUCACACACUUUCCCAAAUUCCUAUCAAUGUUGGAAGAAGAAGUUUACAGUCACAGCUCUCCCAUCUGGAGCCAAGACUUCUUGGUGGGAGCAACAGGAGGGCAGAUUCCUGUCCACACAGUGAUAAGUGCUCCCCCAGUCGCCAGGCCCGUAUACUACAGCACCAGUCCCGUGUCAGUGGACCCGUCCACUUGUGGAAGUGUGAGCCCUGCCAGGAAACCCGCCUCCGUUCUGGAGUCAAACCCAGUGGGAGAAAAGCGAAAAGCCUCAGAGCCGCUUCACCAUGAAGAGAACAAGAGACCCAGGGUGGUAGGGGACAUCCCCAUGGACCUCAUCAAUGAAGUCAUGGCAACUAUCAGUGACCCUGCCACCAUACCAGAGACGAGUCUGCUGUCUGCUCAUUCUGCCCGCGAUGAAGCCGCCCGCCUCGAAGAGCGGAGAGGAGUUAUCGAAUUCCACGUCAUCGGGAACUCGCUCAAUCAGAAGCCCAACAAGAGGAUCCUGAUGUGGCUCGUCGGCCUUCAGAACGUCUUCUCCCACCAGCUUCCCCGGAUGCCCAAAGAAUACAUAACCCGACUGGUCUUUGACCCGAAACAUAAAACGUUGUCUUUGAUAAAAGAUGGCCGGGUCAUUGGAGGGAUCUGUUUCAGGAUGUUCCCAUCGCAGGGCUUCACAGAGAUUGUAUUUUGUGCUGUCACAUCUAAUGAGCAAGUCAAGGGCUAUGGGACCCAUUUAAUGAACCAUCUAAAGGAAUAUCACAUAAAACACGAAAUACUCAACUUCCUCACUUAUGCUGAUGAGUACGCAAUCGGGUACUUCAAGAAACAGGGUUUUUCAAAGGACAUUAAGGUCCCCAAAGCCAAGUACAUGGGCUACAUCAAGGAUUACGAGGGAGCCACACUGAUGGGCUGCGAGCUCAACCCCAGCAUCCCCUACACAGAGUUCUCUGUUAUCAUCAAGAAGCAGAAGGAGAUCAUCAAGAAGCUGAUAGAAAGGAAGCAGGCCCAGAUCCGAAAGAUCUACCCGGGACUGUCCUGUUUUAAGGACGGGGUCCGGCAGAUUCCCAUCGAGAGCAUUCCCGGCAUACGUGAAACUGGCUGGAAGCCUGCAGGAAAGGGGAAGGAAUUGAAGGACCCUGACCAACUUUACAGCACAUUGAAAACCAUUCUGCAGCAUGUGAAGAAUCAUCAGAACGCCUGGCCUUUUAUGGAGCCUGUGAAGAAAACAGAAGCACCUGGCUACUACCAAGUCAUUCGUUUCCCCAUGGACCUGAAGACGAUGAGCGAGCGCCUGAAGAGCAGGUACUACACGACGCGGAAGCUUUUCAUGGCCGACAUGCAGCGCGUCUUCACCAACUGCCGCGAGUACAACGCUCCGGAGAGCGAGUACUACAAGUGUGCCAACAUACUGGAGAAAUUCUUUUACACCAAGAUCAAGGAGGCAGGCCUCAUCGAGAAGUAGACUAAAGACGAGAGGUUUUCCUUUCAAGAAGCCUGGCGCGGGUUGGGUUAGCGGGUAAUGCAGAAGACAAUAAAAUAAGAAAAGGAUUGUUGAUUGUGGAAUUGGUAACAGGAUCAUAUCUUAUGUUUAAUGCAUGCUGGCCUACGUCCUGAAUCAGUUCUUUGUGUGAAAGAUUUGCCCAGAGGGAUGUAGACACUCAAGAACGGAGACUAUUUCUGAUUGUAAAAAAAAAAUAAUAAUAA